AUGACUCAGCUAAAUCGUAUAGCUGCUGAGAUCAAAGCUCACUCAGCCCGACAAACCGAGUUAUCCCUAACGACUAGAUUAACUGAGGAGGAUACCACUUUUCGCAGAGAAAUCGCAAACUUGAUUCGCCAUCGGUUUCCUAUUGCACGCCAAGCCUUAUGCGACCAGUUGGUAGAAUCAGUCGUAAAAAAGCGUCUCAUUAUCUUGCAAGGCAAAUAUCCAACCUCAGCAAGGUGGUCAUGGACGUUGGAUGGGGAAACUUCGACUGCCAGACCAGACAAUUUGUCCGAGUAUCCUCCGUUGCCCGAAAUUGUUAAGAUCAAAGCACGACUGAAGCCCAACUGGCCCGAAUCCCUUCAAAGGCUAAAUGGAGUUCGGUGCCCAUUCUGCGCCGAGGAACUGGUGCUGAGGCGAUCCUAUGAUGACAUGCUGGAAUUCUGGACACAUCAUAUCAACACACACGUCGAACCCUAUCCUUGCCUUUACCCUGAGUGCGCAACAGCUCUCAAGUCAUUUGUGCAUCGCGAAGAUUGGGUAGAUCAUAUGGAACUCACACAUUCAAAAGACUGGAUGCAAAGAGUCCACACCCGCUCAUGGUACUGCGAUAUUGGCCAUAAAAGCCCGAUGGUCUUUGAGUUUGAACGUCAAUGGAGCACGCAUAUGCUGCAGCCUCACCCAGAAUAUCGACAGACCCCUAAUCCCUCAAACAUUCGUGCUUAUUCUGCCAGGAAACAGAAGUAUUUCCCCAGGGAUGAAUUCGUCUAUCCACUUUGCGAGAAAGUCCCCGAAGAGGCACAAAAGAUGCUGGAAACUGGUCAAAAUGAGUCAGGUCAAGUGCGAAAAUUGGUCUUGGAUCAUUUUGCCACUGAAUUAAAGUCUCUGUCUAUGAUGGCUGUGCCCUCUUUCGAUGAAGUCCCUUACAAAACGGCCGACUAUGACCCAAACCCAGUGGUUCCCAAGAGUCCGACUCACGUGGAUUUUCAGGAGGAUACGGGUCGAACUGCCUUAUCAUUUGCUGCCAGGCUGGCGACUUGGAGGCCAUUGGCAAAUGGUCAGACGCCCUUGCUCUGGGCAGCACGUGAGGGUCACGAAGGAGCUGUAAAGUUCCUAUUGGAUCAUGGUGCUCGGACGGAAGCUAAAGAUGAGCCAUAUGGACGCACUGCGUUGUCUUGGGCUGCUGCUAACAGACACACUGGCGUUGCACGGAUACUUCGCAUGAAAGGUGCCGAUGUUAAUGCAGCCGAUGAUAUGAAUCGCACUCCAUUAUCCUUUGCAGCUGCGACAACAAACGAAGAUCUCUUGCGGCUUCUCCUUGAUGCCAGUCCAGAUCUCGAGUCUAGCGACCAUGAGACUUUGAGAACCCCACUCGGUUGGGCAACUCUCAUGAACAGACUAGGUAAUGUAGAGCUGCUUCUACAGUAUGGGGCUGACGUAGAAUCUACUGAAAUGUCAUUCAAAACGCCUCUGCUCGUAGCUUCGGCCAAGGGUUACCCUGAUAUCGUUCGGCUACUUCUUGAGAAGGGGGCAGAUACGGAAGUCUCCCAUCCUGCAUUGGAUCAAGCUCCUUUGUUGGUGGCAUCUGCAAGUGGACAUGAAGAUGUUGUACGGUUGCUGUUAGCACACGGGGCCAAGGUCGAGGCGAAGGACUACAGAGGCCUUACAGCACGGGAUCGUGCGGUUAAACAAGGGCACGCUGAGAUCGCCAAACUGCUUGAAGCCAAUCAGGGAUAG